AUGAUGUACGGAUCGGAGACUUGGGCAGCACCAUCAACGGUUAUGGAGAGGCUUGACUGCACGGAACGAAAGCUGCUUAGGUGGCUACUUGGCUACUUAUGGCCUAGGGUAUGUCACAAUGAAGAUCUUUACUCUGAAAUUGAUGUGGUAUACCGGCGGAUGACACGUGGAAGACAUCAACAUCUUGCACCGCCAUCGAAAGUGGUUAAAGUAAAUCGUCUUCGCUUCUUUGGUCAUAUAUUAAGGAGACCGGCAGAUCGCCUUGUUCAACGAGUUCUGAAGAGUUCGUCGGGUUCGGGCUGGAAGAAGCCACCUGGCCGAAAAAUGAAGUUCUGGACUGAGGUGGUGAAAGAGGACCUGAGGACACUCGGCGUGGGUAGGCAGUUCAGGCGAGACGUAAGGUUUCGCAGAAUAUGGAACAGCGACGAAUGGAUUGAUUCUGUGCAAGCUCUCGCAGAAGAUCGAGAAGGUUGGGCAGAGCUGUGUUCAAGGACGGCACACCUCGGCGAAGAUGCGGGUAAUCGCGUCAGGCGAUGA